AUAAUGAGGGUUGCUGUAUGGUUGGAUGGGUUCUGGUGACGAGAAACAGACGCAGAGGAUUGAAGGAGGACUGAGUUGGUUUUGGCGAGUAAGUGAUUGAAGAAAAGUUGUUUCUUUCCACCAGAGAUCCACUCAGGACGUUUGUUUUUUGCAAGAAGCGCUGUUCGGAUUGCGAGUAAAGAAUUUGACUCGGGUCGAGCUGAGUGAGUGAGGCCCUGGAAUGAGAGCUCUUUGCCAUCUUGUCUCCCCCAGACCUCCAAGAGGAGCACACUGGGCGAUACACUGAGUGUGCGGUUUGUCUGAUGCAGUCAGGCUGCCAUGGCUCUGGUUCAGCCACUACCUGUGAGUGACCAUUCCAAUCAAGGUCUUGAACUCCAGCAGCGCCGGCCGCCAUCAUCUAGCUCCCCCACGGACCCCUGCUCUGUCCCUUGUGGCGCCUUCAGCACCGAUUCAGCCAUGGGUUCAGUCAGCAGUCUCAUAUCAGGCAGGACAUAUCAAGAGAGGCAUUGCAGGGCUGGCAGUGAAUUCCCACACAAGCCACGGCGCUCCACACCAGCUACCAGCUGCUUUCGCCUACAGGAUAAGAGCCUUCGCAGUGGGAGCUCCCUGGAGCAGUUGCUGGUAAAUGGCAAUCCAACACAGCCGCAGGCACAGGUUCUACCUCCACCACUGCCCACCAAAAAGCAGCCGAGACCCGGAAACUCUGCCGGUGCAGCUGGAGAUGGAGGGGUUGCUGGAGCAGCAGUGAGUGGAACUAAUGCGAACUUUGGAUAUGUUGGUGAAGAAGUGGUUAUUGGAGACUGGAAUGACAACCUGGUGCUAACCGUUGCGAGUCCCUGCAGCGACCAAGAGGACCAAAAGGAGAGUGGGACUGUUAAUGGCAACAUUGGUGGACCUCCACCCAAACUGGUCCCAGUGUCUGGACAGCUAGAGAAGAACAUGGAGAAAGUGUUGAUCCGUCCCACAGCAUUCAAACCGGUCAUCCCCAAGAAUCGUCAUUCUAUGCAGUACCUGUCUCCACGGCCAGGAGGCAGCAAUCUGUCUGAGAGUCAGGCCAGUCUAAACCUCCUGUUGCCCCUUGGCGCCCCCAACAGCUCCAGUGGUACCCACAGUAACGCUGGAAGCUGCAGCUCCAGCUCUGAAGGGAAACCCAACUUGUACAGUGGAUGUCGUAAUGCUCGCAGCAGUCAGUCCUGCUCCAUGUCAGAUUCAGGGAGAAACUCCCUUUCCAGCAUCCCUACCCAAAGCAGCACAGUGUACAGUUUGGCCCCCAGUGAGGGCUCCAGCUCGGGUUCUGGUUCGGGGGGCCCGGCGGAGCCUGUGUCAGCCCUGGUUCGCAAUGCUCCAGGAACAGGUGGAAGCCAUGGUCAUAGCAAUUCGGACAGUGGACGUUCCUCGUCCAGUAAAAGCACGGGCUCAGGGUCACUGAGAGGUUGCGGGCAGCCCCUCUCUGACAGUGGGUCUUGUGGACACUCACCACCGCCUGUGGAGGGAUAUGAGGUGGUGGUGAAGGAGCUGGAGGAGAAGCUGCGGGAGCGAGACCUCGAGCUCCAACAGCUCCGGGAAAACCUUGAUGAGAAUGAAGCAGCCAUCUGCCAGGUUUAUGAGGAGAAGCAGAGACGAUGUGAAAGAGAGAUGGAUGAGCUGAGACAGAGCUGUGCAGUCAAGAUGAAACAAACCUCUCAGAAAGCUCAGAGAGCACAGCAGGUGCUGCAGUUACAGGUAUUCCAACUACAGCAGGAGAAAAAGAAGCUACAAGAAGACUUCUCCUCUCUGCUGCAGGACAGAGAAACGCUAGAGAGAAAGUGUGCCACCAUUCAGAGGGAGCAAACGCAGCUGGGCCCCCGUUUGGAGGAAACAAAGUGGGAGGUGUGUCAGAAGUCAGGAGAGAUCUCGCUUCUGAAGCAGCAGCUGAAAGAAAUCCAGUCUGAGCUCAGUCAGAAAGCAGGUGAGAUCGUGGUACUGAAGGCCCAACUGAGGGAGGCUCGCUCAGAGCUGCAAGCCAGCCAGGCUCGAACCCAGGAGGCCCAGACUGCAAUGCGGACGCGAUCCCUUGAGCUUGAAGUUUGUGAAAACGAACUCCAAAGACGCAAGAGCGAAGCUGAGCUUCUGCGGGACAAAGUGAGCCGUCUGGAGGACGAGUCAGUCCGGCUCCGCGACACUCUGUCGAACCACGGUGGAAACCCGACCAAGAAGGGACUGGUCAUGGGCCUUUCAUUCCAACAGGGGAGAGUAGUGAUGGGAAGGGGGGGUCCCAGCCCCUGCCUGUACCCCAAUGGAGAGGAAGGUUAUCUGGUGUGGGGAGGAGAAAGCGAUGAAGCCAAGGCUCAAAGGCAGAAUGCAGAAACACUGAUGGGACUUCGACAGCAGGUUGAUCGACUCAAAGCUGAGCUCAUGUAUGAGAGAAGAACUGGUGAGGAGCAGCGGUCACGUUUUGAGGAAGAGAGAAGGGUGUGGCACGAGGAGAAAGAAAAAGUAAUCCGCUACCAAAAGCAGCUGCAGCAGAACUACAUUCAGAUGUAUCGCCGCAACCGGGAUCUUGAGCGAGUGAUGAGGGAGCUGAGCCUGGAGCUGGAGAACCGGGACAUGGAGGACUACGAGGUCCGCAGUGGCAGCAAUGACAUCCACUUUGAGGAAAUCACUGCCACAGAGAUCUAAACACAGCACAUCAUUUGUUCACAAAAAAUGGAGGAAAACACUCAAGUGUCCCAGAAGAUGCAAACCAAACAUUGAACUGUGAACCAAAUGCUGCACUAGCUUCAGUAUGGUGUUACCUGGAGCGCUGACCGAGCUCUCACCACUGUUAAAAUCGGGGACGUCUCCUUAAGGUGCAUUGUUACUUCCUCUCAUAUGGCAUCUUCUACAGCGUUUCUAUUAGGUUUUUACCAGCACAAAGACUGCUUCCUUCCUGAGACCAAAAGCAGUGAGGUGUUUAUCAUUCUCAGAAUAUAUUUAAAUCAGGGUAUUUAAAUUAAAAAGGAACCUAAAGCAAAAAAAAAAAAUAAAGAAAGAAAGAUAUUAACUAUUCCCUACAGAACAAUCUCAUGACACAGCACUUAAGCAUCUUAACAGCUUGCAGUAUGAAACACUGGCCACCAGCAUGUACAGUAAAUCACGAGGCAUUAACACAGCAGUUCAUUUAGCAGUGACCAAUUUAAACUGUGGCGCUACAAACAACCAACUUCACAUGCUCAACAGUUUUUCCCUUAUUUGCCAGACUGUAAAUAAGUUGGUAGACACGUUUGUACUUUAGGUGUUUCGGCUGCAGUUUGUUUUAUUACAGCAAAUGUGUGCUAACCUGUCUUUCCAGAGAGAAGCAACAUAAUAAAUCAUCUCUGCUUAGGUCACUGUGAGAAAAAUGGCACGAUUUCACCUGAGAUUUCCAGCUUUGUUUUGUUUGGGAUUUUUCGGUUUAUCUGCAGAGGAAAAUCUGCAAAAUCACGCCAACUAAUAUUAACUUUGACGUUGGAGCACUGGGUUUGCUUGCUUGUGGACAUAUUGUUCUGUCCCUUCAGACUCUAGGACUAGAUAAAAGCUAAUUCUCCCUUUGAACUUGUUUUUUUUUUAUAAUCAGUCAUACUGUGCCUCAAAACUAGUUCAGACAAUUUAGCAAGCCCAUAUUUAGCUCGGGGAAUAGGUGAAGCAUGGUUGAUAUUACCAAGGUUUAUCAAGAUUUCUCUUCUUUUAAUUUUUUUUAUAUCCUAUUCCAACUUUCUGCCUCAUGAACUAGUUUUUAUUCUUCCCACUGAUUAGUUAGUUAUUCAGAAUGAAAUUAAACCUAAACUGUGAUUAAAAUAAAAAAAAAAGUACAGGUUUACAGUCUGUUGUGGCAUCAAAGAUUUAGGCCAGGCAUCCCCAAAGUCGG